UCAUGAGCAUGGUUUGUUUACACCUGUUGUUCCUUUUUAUCUUGACCUUCACAAGCACCUUUGGGAGAAUCGCUGUGCACAGGCUACAGAUACCUGACGCUCAGAGUCAGGUAGUGACUUGCCCAAGAUCCCCCAUCUACACAAUGGCAGAGUCUGGGCUUGAGUUGGGGCUACUGUGAGGUGAAAAAACUAUAGUCCCUGUUAAAUUAUCUGGGUUUGGAGACCGCUGAUUUUUAAAAUGGAAAAUCUGGCCUGCAAACAGCCCUAGUUCUGUGCUGACCCCCUGGGAGACAAGCGGAAGUGCCUCUCUGAAUCUCAGUUCCCUCACCUGCACAAUGGGACUGACAGUACUUGUUCUUCUCUCACAGGGCCAAGGUGAACUCUGAAAUCCUGUGAAAGUGAUCUGAACCACAGAGCAGUGGGUACAUGGGAAAGUCAUUGCUGUGCAUGCUAUGUGGCAUUCUGCACAGCUGCUGAGACUCAGAUGAGCUCUCCAAGGAGGGGGUGGGAUGGGAUUCCCAUCAGGCCAUAGGAUAUGUGGAUAAGCAUCCUUCUGCAUCUCUUCUUCCUCCGCCGCUCCUGGGAGGAAGCUGGACAGGUCUGAGCCCAUGCUGUCUGGAUGAGGUGGAUGCUAGGGCUGGGGCCCUGGGAGCACUAACCCCAACCAGGGAACCUACUUUACACAAUACCUAUGGCAGCAAAGGUUGGUGGGGAGAUGGGAUUUGGACUCCUUGGAGGGGAGCACUGAUGGCGUUUCCUAAACUUCAGAUACACAGGGCUGUGACCUAAGUGGGACGCCACGGGAGCUGCUUCUCAGGACUAAGGAAGGAGAUGGGAGUGAGGAGGCUUUCACUAAAUGCCACAGAAAGCAUCUGCCCCAAUGCUCUUAGUUUGUGUUUGGGGAAAGGAGGCAUGUAAAGGGAAGGGAAGGGAAGGGAAUCCAAUCUGUCAUCAACGGCAUAGCUGCUGAACAGAGGUGUGCAGGUGUUAGAAGUGCACUAGACUAGAUGGUAGGACUCUCAGGGUCGAAAUCUGUAUCUUAUACCCACUUUGAGCGGCUCUGGACAAAAUCUCUUCCCUCUCCUGCACCUAGUUUCCUGGACUGCAAAACUCCGAUUAGGCUGGCAUCUCCAAGGAUCCUUCCAGCUCGGACACUGUCAUUCUAGUAGAGGAGUCACAGCACCCUAGGUCUGAAAAUGUGAAAGGGAAAGUGCUGCAGUUUGUAGUCCACUAAAUUUCGCCGGAGGUCUCCCCACCUAAGGAUGCUUCCGUUGCCACGGCAACCAGCCAGGCGGCUCGGUCCCCUGUGGUCCCGCUGAGGAAGCUGGGAAGAAUCCUGCCCUUACCAAGAUGGCGGUGGCCACAGGGCAAAGGGCGGGGUUGAGCGCCGUCGGCCUGUCCAGACCUUUCCUCUGUUUCCGCUUUUUCAUGCUAAUGGGGAGCUUCCGUCAAUACUUGUUCUCUUUCCUGGUUCUGGGAGCCCUAGGAACCAGGGACGGAAGGGUUGCUUGUAGAGCUCGGGGCAAACACCCAGGGCAGGAAGGCGGGACUUCCGCGUCCCACCGGAAGUGACGCGACAGUCGCGGCCGCCGACAGGUGGAACGGCAGGUGGGUUCAGGUGCCAGCCUGGCCCAGCCCCAGCUGUGGGACCGACGCUUCCGGUGAGCGACAGAGGCAGCUCCCAAGGGCCUGGAGACCCGUGGGGCGGGCUCUGGGAUCUGAGCACCCCGCCGUGGCCUGGAGUCCCCCUCUGUACCUAUUCCCCAUUCCCCCUGCCCUGCCGAGCUGGGCAGUUAGCCAGCCUACUGAAACUCUCGGAACCAUGUUUGCAGACUUGGAUUAUGACAUCGAAGAGGAUAAACUCGGAAUCCCUACUGUGCCUGGGAAGGUGACCUUGCAGAAGGAUGCUCAGAACCUGAUUGGGAUCAGCAUUGGAGGAGGAGCCCAGUACUGUCCCUGCCUGUAUAUAGUCCAGGUGUUUGACAACACCCCGGCUGCGCUGGACGGCACCGUGGCGGCUGGCGAUGAGAUCACUGGGGUCAAUGGCAAGUCCAUCAAAGGAAAAACGAAGGUGGAGGUGGCCAAGAUGAUUCAGGAGGUGAAGGGGGAGGUGACCAUCCACUACAACAAGCUGCAGGCGGACCCCAAGCAGGGCAUGUCCCUGGACAUCGUGUUGAAGAAGGUGAAGCAUCGGCUGGUGGAGAACAUGAGUUCGGGGACCGCCGAUGCCCUGGGCCUGAGCCGGGCCAUCCUGUGCAAUGAUGGGCUUGUCAAGAGGCUCGAGGAGCUGGAACGGACGGCAGAGCUGUAUAAAGGGAUGACGGAACACACCAAGAACCUCCUACGGGCCUUCUAUGAGCUGUCACAGACGCACCGGGCCUUUGGGGACGUAUUCUCCGUGAUCGGGGUGCGGGAGCCCCAGCCAGCUGCGAGUGAGGCUUUUGUGAAGUUCGCCGACGCCCACCGCAGCAUUGAGAAGUUUGGCAUCCGGCUGCUGAAAACCAUCAAGCCGAUGCUGACGGACCUGAACACGUACCUCAACAAAGCCAUCCCGGACACGCGCCUCACCAUCAAGAAGUACCUGGACGUGAAGUUUGAAUACCUGUCGUACUGCCUGAAGGUGAAGGAGAUGGACGACGAGGAAUACAGCUGCAUCGCCCUAGGGGAGCCCCUGUACCGCGUGAGCACAGGCAACUACGAGUACCGGCUGAUCCUGCGCUGCCGCCAGGAGGCCCGCGCCCGCUUCUCCCAGAUGCGCAAGGACGUGCUGGAGAAGAUGGAGCUGCUGGACCAGAAGCACGUCCAGGACAUCGUGUUCCAGCUGCAGCGCUUCGUGUCCACCAUGUCCAAGUACUACAACGACUGCUACGCGGUGCUGCGGGACGCCGACGUCUUCCCCAUCGAGGUGGACCUGGCCCACACCACGCUGGCCUACGGCCCCGGCCAGGACGAGUUCACCGACGGGGAGGACGAGGAGGAGGAGGACGAGGAGGACACGGCCGCCGGGGAGCCGUCCAGGGACGCGCAGGGGGCGGCGGGGCCUCUGGACAAGGGCGGAAGCUGGUGUGACUCCUGAGUGCCCCCUCGGGGUUGCGGAUCCGGGGGGUAGGGUGAGUGGGCGGUCGGCAGCAUGGGAGCGGGGCGGGGCCGCCGCACAGCAGGGUGGCGCAUAAAGGCCUGCUGGCUUGGGGCGCCUGCGUCCCUGCUCCUCUGUCCUAGCACAGUGCACCCGGGCUCCCGCGCAGGAAAGGCCCCAGAGCUGCGGCCUGGGACCUGGACACUGGCCCCCUCCACCUUCCCUCCCCACCUCCCCAGCCAGCUGGAGAGCCUGGUCUCUGGAGCUGCCGUAGGAAGGAGAAAGAGGGCAGAAAGGAAGAGGGUGGAGGUGGCGGGAAGUCCAGGACCUGCUCCUCGUGGGCACCUCACUGGCCCCCUGGAGCUUGCCGGGUGGGGGGCCGCAGGCGGACAGCCGAGGUGGGGGCCCAUGUUUUACGUGCGCCCUCGCCUCGCCCGGGCCGGCCCCUCCCCAGUGCACACUCACCUCGGCGGCCUUUAUUUAUUCUGUUCCCCUCGCUCAGCCACUUCCAGGGGAGGGCUGGGCGCUGGGCCUGUACCGAAUAAACGCAAACCCAGAUGGA